GGCAUCACCAAGCCGGCCAUCCGCCGCCUGGCGCGGCGCGGCGGCGUGAAGCGCAUCUCGGGGCUGAUCUACGAGGAGACGCGCGGCGUGCUCAAGGUGUUCCUGGAGAACGUCAUCCGCGACGCCGUCACCUACACCGAGCACGCCAAGAGGAAGACGGUCACGGCCAUGGACGUGGUCUACGCGCUCAAGCGCCAGGGACGCACCCUCUACGGCUUCGGCGGUUAAACUCCCAUUGCUUAGUUA